CAUGCUCAUAAAGGUUCUGUUGUUAGUACUAUUCGUGGCUACCGCAUGUGCCCACAGGAAUCGAAAUCGCACUGCUCAUCACGAUGAUCUCGAAGAUAUCAUUGUUAAUGGGUAUCCGGCGUACGAGGGCAAGGCACCUUAUACCGUUGGUCUCCGACUUAGCAAUGGAGCGGUGGGCGGAGGAUCCAUUAUAGCCAACACCUGGGUCCUGACCGCCGCCCACUGCCUGACCACCGACUCUGUGACCAUCCACUACGGCUCAAAUCUGGGCUGGAACGGUAAGAUCCAGCAUACGGUGAACAAGGAUAAGUUCAUCCUUCACCCUGGAUUUGGAAACAGCGCUGGCCAUGACAUCGGACUGAUUAAGACGCCCUACGUGGGCUUCACCAACUUGAUCAACAAGGUAGCGCUGCCCAAGUUCAGCCAGCAAAGGGAGCGGUUCGAGAACUGGUGGUGCGUGGCCUGCGGCUGGGGAGGAUUGGGCAACGGAAAGCUGGCCGACUGGCUGCAGUGCAUGGACGUGCAGAUCAUCAGCAACAGCGAAUGUGAGAGGUCCUAUGGAUCGGUGGCCUCCACCGAUAUGUGCACCCGGGCUGCCGAUGGAAAGUCUGUGUGUGGAGGCGACUCUGGAGGAGCACUGGUCACACAUGACAACGCCAUCCAAGUGGGCGUCAUCGUGUUCGCUUCCAGCGGCUGUAAAUCUGGGCCAUCGGGAUACACCCGUGUCGCCGAUCACUUGGACUGGAUCCGGGAAAAGUCGGGAAUUGCCUAUUACUAACUUCGAAAUUGACUAUGGCUAAAUAGAAAUAAAAUCUUUAUCUAGCCUA